UGGGAGCGAAUCUGUUAGUUCGGUUCCGACCCUAGAACCCGCUCCUAUCGAUUAGUGUGAAAGUGUGUUUCUUCUAAUUCCCGCCCAAUGAAGAUCUUACCGGUUGUAGUCGCCUACUGGGUGUUAGUAGCAUUGGUCGGCGCCAACGACGUGCACCGAACGUACGACAAUGAUCACCAGCACAAAAGAGCUAAACGUCCAUCGGAAAUAAACACCCGUCAAACUGUCGGUUAUGAAGAGAUCGAAACCACUUCGGAAUUUUGGCAUGAACAAGCUCAAAAAACUUUGAAAGCCAAGCUAGCCGAAGAACCGAUCGUCGCGAAGGCCAAAAACGUGAUUCUCUUCAUCGGUGACGGAAUGUCCCCCCAAACCAUCGCAGCCACUCGGAUGUAUUUGGGUAACGAGAACAACGUACUGUCAUUCGAACGGUUCCCUUACCUGGGGACGGCUAGGCCCUACUGUGUCAAUCGUCAGGUGGCUGAUUCCGCUUGCUCGGCCUCUGCUUACCUGUCCGGUGUGAAAACCAACUAUGGAAUGAUCAACGUGGCGCCGCAUGUUCCCCGGUACAACUGUGAGUACAAUCGAACCGAAGCGGAGUUUCUUGGGUUGAUGGAGUGGGCUCAGGAUAGUGCGAAAGGUACCGGGAUAGUCACCAAUACACCCAUCACUGAUGCUAGUCCGGCAGGAGCGUACGCAAGUAUUGCAUCACGUGACUGGGAGAACGAUGCUAAAGUCAUCGAAGAUGGUUGUGAUCCUAAAGAGUAUCCGGAUAUUGCGCACCAGUUAAUCCACGGAGAUGUGGGCAAAAAGUUGAACAUAAUUUUCGGGGGUGGUAGGCAGAACUUUCGACCCACUUCGGAACUGGACGAAAAUGAAAACAGUGGGGCCCGAACAGACAACCGGAACUUGAUUGAGGAAUGGCGAGAGCUUCACCCAAACAAGGCAGAGUAUAUUUAUAAUAAGAUCGGUUUGAAGGCGGUUGACACCGACCAGACCGAGCACCUGCUGGGUUUGUUUCAAACCGACUACCUGUACUACAAUUUGGAAAUCGAACAAAUGGGGCUCCACGAAACCGAACCGAAACUAUGGGAACUGGUUGAUGUGGCUAUCGGCAUGCUGAACAAAAGUGAAAACGGUUACGUGCUGUUUGUGGAAGGUGGCAGAAUCGAUAAUGCCCACCACGGAACGCGUGCUCGCCUUGCGCUGGAUGAAACGGCCCAGCUCUCGGAGGCGAUCGAUUUUGCCCGGAAGGCAACCAGUGUUGAGGAUACGCUGAUAGUGGUUUCAGCGGAUCACAGCCACACGAUGACGUUCAAUGGGUAUCAGAAACGUGGCAGCGACAUCCUGGGCAUUGCGGACAUCAGCGACGAGGACGGUCUACCGUACACCACGCUGAGCUACGCAAAUGGCGGCGGAUACUACGACACGUACACCGAACAAAACCGUGCCAUUCGAGUGGACAUUAGCGAUUGGAAUCUAACGGAUUACAACGCACGCUACCUGGCAACGGUACCGAUGGGAUUGGAGACCCAUGGCGGAGAGGAUGUUGCAGUUUACGCCAGUGGUCCUAUGGCUCACAUGUUCCAGGGUAACUUUGAGCAGAACACUAUUCCGCAUCUGAUUUCCUUCGCGGCAAAGAUCGGUCACUACAAGGAGAGUAAGGAUGAAACUGGUGCGGGAUCUUCGCUUGUUGGUUGCGUUCAACUGACCUUGGUUUGUGGGUUCGUUGUUUUGCUAGGGAUGCUCAAAUGGAAGCCUAUUGACUGUUUACUGUAGUGUAUAUUUUUAAGACCGAUAGAGUUUUGCUGUGCAAAGCCGUCAUAUUAGAUGAUGAAUAAAUGUAAUCUUUGUGGUUCUUGUAAUCUCUGUGAA